AUGGCGCCCAAGGUCGACCCUACGGAGAUCAAGAUCAUCUACCUCCGGGCUACCGGUGGUGAGGUCGGAGCCUCGUCGGCUCUUGCCCCCAAGAUCGGUCCCCUCGGUCUUUCGCCCAAGAAGGUCGGUGAGGACAUCGCCAAGGCCACCGGCGACUGGAAGGGCCUCCGCGUCACGGUCCAGCUCACCAUCCAGAACCGUCAAGCCGCCGUCUCGGUCGUCCCCUCUGCUUCGUCGCUCGUCAUCCGUGCUCUCAAGGAGCCCCCUCGUGACCGCAAGAAGGAGAAGAACAUCAAGCACACCGGCAACGUCGAGCUUGACACGAUCAUCGAGAUCGCGCGCACCAUGCGCGAGGCCAAGAAGACCCUCUCUGCCAACCUCGCGAACGGCGUCAAGGAGAUCCUCGGUACCGCCCAGUCGGUCGGCUGCACCGUCGACGGACGCCCCCCUCACGACGUUAUCGAGGCGAUCGACUCGGGCGACGUCGAGAUCCCCUCCGAGUAA